AUGAUGGACUACAAAACAAGGUAUACUCCCCUGGAGAAAACUUGCUGGGGGCUAGUAUGGGCCACGAAGAAAUUAAGGCACUACCUACUAGCGCAUCCGGUAGUGCUAGUUUCUCGUUUAGACCCAAUCAAAUAUCUUUUCGAGAAGCCAGCACUUAUUGGAAAGCUGGCUAGGUGGUUAUUGCUGCUAGCAGAAUUCGAUCUCAAAUACAUGACAAGGAAAUCAGUGAAAGGAAAGGUUGUGGCAGAGUUCUUGGCAGACCACCCCAUGACAGAGGCCGAGGCAGAGGACUUCAUGUUCCCCAAUGAAGACAUCUUGUGUCUCCUAGACGACACCUGGCAGCUUUACUUCGAUGGAGCAUCAAACCAAUGUGGAUAUGGUAGCCCUAGAACUAGGAGAAAAAGGGUGAAAGUCAUUGGAGAUCCAAACCUAGUGGUGUCCCAAGCAAGAGGAGACUGGAAGGUCAAGGAAGACACACUGAAGCUAUACCACUCUGUGCUAGAAGAUCUAAUUCCACAAUUUGACUCAGUCAUCUUCACGCACACUCCACGAGUGAGCAAUAGAUUUGCAGAAGCACUGGCAACAUUGACCUCUAUGGUCGAGAUACCCCUGGGGUUCACAAUGCGGCCUCUCAUGAUUGAGCAGGUCAAACCAGCAUGCGAAUGCACUUUCACCAAAGAGGGUGAGGACGAUGGAAAAUCGUUGUAUGAAGACGUGAAGAGAUUCUUAGAAGAGGGAGAGUAUCCCUCUGAAGCCACCUCAAAGGACAAGAUGGCUUUGUGGAAAUUUGCCACCCGAUUCAGAGUCUGCGGUGGAGCACUAUAUCGAAGGGAACAUUUGGGUCCGAAUCAACUUUGUGCCACAACAGAGGAUAGUCACGAAGGAAUCUGUGGGCCGCACAUGAAUGGGGCAACAAUGGCUAAGAAAAUCCUGCGUCAGGGAUACUACUGGACUACGAUGGAGGCUGAUUGCGCUGACUAUGUCCGCCGGUGUUUCAAAUGUCAAACUCACGCUGAUCGCACACGUAUUCCCCCUACAGAAUUAUAUAACAUGACAUCCCUUGGCCGUUCUCCACUUGGGGAAUAG